GAGGAUCACUCACGCUAGCCCCGCCUCUUCCCCCGGACCAGGCUCGGUUGAGUCGUUGGAUUGAGGAGGGUCGCGGCCGCGAUGGUCUGACAGAUGAAAUAACGAUAAAAAGAAACAGAAGGCGGGCGUCCUCCCACACAAAACAAUGUUCCCCAAAGGCAAGGGCACCCCGGUGCCGUCGGACAGCCAAGCACGGGAAAAGUUGGCUCUAUACGUUUAUGAGUAUUUGUUACACAUAGGAGCACAGAAGUCUGCACAGACCUUUUUAUCAGAGAUUCGAUGGGAGAAAAAUAUAACACUCGGAGAACCCCCUGGAUUCCUGCAUUCCUGGUGGUGUGUUUUCUGGGACUUGUAUUGUGCUGCACCAGAGAGGAGAGAGACAUGUGACCACUCCAGCGAAGCAAAGGCCUUCCAUGAUUAUAGUGCAGCAGCGGCCCCCAGCCCUGUGAUGGGAGGGAUGCCUCCUGGUGAGGGAAUGCCAGGAGGACCCAUGCCACCUGGAUUUUUUCAAGGUCCUCCUGGUCCCCAGGGCUCUCCUCACCCUCAGCCUCCUCCCCCUAACAGUAUGAUGGGACCUCACAGUCAGUCCUUCAUGUCGCCUCGCUUCGCUGGAGGCCCAAGAGGCCCCCCCAUGAGGAUGGCCAGCCAGCCACCAGGUGGAGGACCAGGUCCUCAUCCCAUGUUGCCCAACAUGGACCCUACACGGCCACAAGGUCAUCCUAACUUGGGACCAAUGCAGAGGAUGGGUGGCCCUCGAAGCAUGGGGCCCAUUGGGCCUGGCCCUCAGAACUUUGGUGGAGGCAUGAGGCCCCCACACAACACCAUGGGUCCCAGUAUGCCAGGAGUGAACAUGGGCCCGGGAACAGGCCGACCAUGGCCAAACCCCAACAACGGCAACCCUAUGCCUUACUCAUCACCCUCUCCUGGUGCAUACGGGGGGGCAUCUGGAGGCGGAGGUCCUCCAGGAACUCCCAUCAUGCCCAGCCCCGCAGACUCAAACAACUCUGGUGACAACUUGUACACUAUGAUCAACACUGGACCCGGCAACCGAAAUAAUUUCUCCAUGGGCCCCGGCUCUGACGGGCCACUGGGAGCUAUGGCUGGGAUGGAACCGCACCACAUGAACGGAUCACUAGGUUCUGGUGACAUGGAUGGAAUGAACAAGAACUCGCCAAACAAUUUAAGUGGCAUUAGCAAUCCUCCCGGGACCCCGCGGGAUGACGGGGAGCUGAGUGGAAACUUCCUCCACUCCUUCCAGAGUGAGAAUUACUCUCCAACCAUGACGAUGAGUGUGUGACCACCCCCCUCUCUCACUUCCCCUCUCCUCCGCCCCCUUCCCAGCAUUAUUUGCCAUCAUUCCAAGGAUCUGAACUCACGCAGAACAUGGCCAAAAAACCCACUACAUCAGCGCCAAAUCAGGGACAGGCGCCAUUUUGGUUCCACGCUAAUGCCAGAAUGCUGAUUGGAGAGAAACCAACGCAACUGGCGACUACUGCUCCUUACUUAAAAUGAAGGACAACAACUCCAUUUAUUACAAACCCACAUGUGACAAAACCAGCUACUGAGAUGCAUUUAUGACACGUCUUACGUCCCCUCCUCCGCCCGUUUCUUUUGAGUCCCAUCAACCUCCCGAGCCAACGGGGGAAAAAAAGGUUGACGUUUACCUCUUGUACAUUUUAAUGAUUGCUUUGUGGUGCAAGAUGUGCAGGAAAUAUCUGCUUUUGUCAUUUAAACACUGGAGAGUGUGCAUAUGCAUUGUGUGCUUGGAAAGUCUUUGUCUUUAUUUUUUUAUUUCGUUGCCAUGCAUUCUAUCUAAAGUUGUCAUUUUGACUCAGAAUUUGCCUUUUAACUCAACAGCCACCUUUAUUGUUAAUAUAUAUCAUUCUUCCCAGGCCCGUCCUUCUAGUCGAAGAGAUUUUUAAGUAAAAGAAAUAUGGCUUUUAUUGUGACGACCUUUUGCAACAUUUAAGCACUCAUUUGUUUGUUAAAAUGCCUCAUUGAUCCUGUUUGAUGCGGUCUGCACUCAGAGUUGUUUCAGGGCGAACGGCUGGACUGCCAGACUUUUGGUGUAAGACGUGAGUGCAUGAGUGCUGAGAAUCUGUGUACAACAUACUACCUAGUGCUGCUCUUCUCUACGUGAACACCUGCUUUAAGAUGUGGUGUGUAUCUCUUUACCUGCCUGUGCUUAAACACUCUGUGCUCCUCCUCCUCAUCGCCGUUCUGUCUGUUUUGGUUGAGUUACCAUGAGAACGGCGGUGGACGAGUCGCCUCUCUUAACCUACUGGUCGUUCUAACGUCCCUCCUGUAUCCCCGGUGGUCUCCUUGGCCCUGACCCCCUCCCUCCUUUAUUUUAUUUUGUUUUUUUGAUAUUUUGAUACAGACUUUGACUACGUAUAUUGCCCAAGUUAUUCAGGCAGUCAAAGCUUUCUAAACCGAUUCUAGUAGGCAUCAUUAUAAACUUAGCAUCAGUCUUGUAAAUGUGAUGAGAAGUUUUAUGUUUCAUUAUUUUACCUGUGAACAUGAUGCAUUAUACACAUCUGUCCUAUGUUGCCUUUAUUUGCUGAUAUUUUUUUAUUUCAAAUUGAGGAAAGAUUGCUUGUUAAUAUAAUUUUACAAUAACUUA